CGUAAUGACCACGUGGUCGUACAGAAAAUGGCGGACAGUGAUGAGGAGAACGACAGAAAGAAAAGAGACAAAUUUAGAAGAGAGAGAAGUGAUUACUCAAGUAACGAGAGAAGGAGAAGUGAUUCUGAUGGUAGGAGGGCCCCCUCGUGGAGAGAGGAAUAUUACGAGGCCAGGAGGCGGAGCCGGGAGGAAGAGAGAGAAAGAGGACGUAACUCGUCUCCCCCGUCUCGCAGAGAAUGGAGCCCACCAGACUCAAAGAGAUUCAGACGAAGUGGAGGAUGGGAGGAGCUGGUUGGCGGUCCCCCUCCUGUAAUGAAUCCUUACGGUAUGAUUGAAGUGAGGGGCCCGUGGGUCCUCCCUCAUGGAGAGAUGCCCCCUAGAGGCUCACCUGGUUCAAGAUCAUUGCCUGGUGAUAUGAUGCUAGGGUUCUCACCUGGUUCUAGAGGGUUUGAUUCCAGUCGGAGAGGAUCCGUGAUGCUCACUUUCAAGCAGUUUCUUGCCCAACAAGAUGAUGGGAUUGAUGACAUGGAAGCAGUUAAACUCUAUCAUGAGUAUAAAGAUGAUUUUAAAAAGAAACAAAUCCUUCAUUUCUUCAAUGAACACAAGGAUGAGGAAUGGUUUCUAUCGAAAUACCAUCCAAAACACAUAGAGAAGGUAGCAGAAGCAUCAAAGGCUAAUCUACUCAAAAGACUUGAAGUGUUUGAGGGACUAAGAGAGAGAGCUAAGAGUACUCCUGUGAUACAAGAAGAGUCUGACUCCAUUAUUAAGCUAAUGGAUACCAUGGUUAUACUAUUGGAGGGAGGGACUGAACUUGAUCUUAAAACACUAGAAGAGGAGGAAGAGGAGGAGGAGGAGGGAGACAAGGAGAAAAGUGAUACUUGUAGCAAUGCUGUAUCUGAGAGAGACAGUAGUGAAGGGAAGGAAGAGAAAGAGAGUGAAGAAAUGGAUGAAGAAAGAAGAGGAACAAAGAGAAGUAGAGGAGAUGAUGAUGAUGAAGGUGAUAAUGACUUAGUACCAACUGAAACAAAGAGAAGAGAAAAUGAUAAUGAUGAAUCUACUGGUAAGCCAUCGCCAGUACAAGAUAUUGAGACGAGGUCUGAAUCAGCUCCGCCCACUGCCAGCGAAGAGCCUCAGCCUGAAACCGGGCAGUCUGAGUCCGAAGAUCAAACCGAAAUAGUUACUAUGGGAACGGAGGAUAAAGAUGACCAAUCAAAAUCAGGGAGUCCUGUUGAAGAACAGGCGGAGCCUUCUAAGCCACGCCCACUGCAUCUAACGAAAGCUGUGUACAUACGUCACAUUACUCCUCAAGUAUCUGCCAGUGAUAUUGUUGAAGCUUGUAAGAAUUUAAAAGGUUUCCUUAGAGUUGGUUUAGCCGAAGUUCAGCCUGAUAGAGGGUUUGAGAGGAGAGGCUGGGUUACAUUCAGUCAGGACGUUGACAUUAAGAGUGUGUCUGCUAAACUAGGAACAGUGAAAGUGAAGAACUUUAUGUUAACCUGUCAAAUAAACCGAGACCUUAGUAGACGAGUGAAGACCACUCCCAAUGGAAUUGUGUGGGCAAGGAGGGCCGUGGAGUCGGAUUUGCGUCUUUUAGUUAAACUGAUACACCAUUUUGAUAAGAAGUCCCACCUGUGGUCUUACUCUGUUGCUAAUGAUAGUAACGAGGGUUCUGUUACUAAUAAUAGUAACGAUGGGUCUGUUACUAAUAAUAGUAACGAGGAGAAGGGUGAGGAAAUAGAAGAAGAGAAAGGAGAGACAGAAGCACCAAAAGAGAACCCGAUUCUAAGUUGUAUAGAUAUUGAUGCUUUAACUGCUUCUCCAGCUCAACCUACUAGUGAUAAAGACACACUCAGUGAAGACCAGGAGAAGGAGGGGGAGGAGGAGGAGGGAGAGAGGGGAGAGGAAGAAGAGGGUGUGAUUAGUGAUCCUGGUACGGAAAUAUUGAAAUCCUCUUCGGCUUUGAUUCAAAAUCUAGAUAUGUUGAUAUGGUACUUAAGAUUGGUCCAUUCUUUUGAUUAUUAUAAUUUUUCUUGUUUCUUUGAUGAAGACUUGAUGCCUAAUAGAUGUGGUAUCAUAACUGCUCGUACUGCCCCACCCACCGCUGUCACUAAUGAAGAAGUCAAUACUUAUAUUAAGUCGAUGGAAGAAAAGGUGGAGUCUUUGCUUAAAGAGAAAGUUUUCGUUAAAGAAGAAGAAAUUGAGAAAUUAGGAAAAAAGGAUCAAGAAUCUGAGGUUGAGAAGUUCAUCGAAGCAAACACACAGAAGCUAGGAGAGAACAAAUACCUCUGCCCUCUUAGCGGCAAAAAGUUCCGUGGCCCGGAGUUUGUCCGUAAGCACAUCAUGAACAAACACAAGCAAGCACUGGAGGACGUCAAGGAUGGCACGGACUUCUUUAAUAAUUAUCUAAAGGAUCCAGAGAGGCCGGACUCUAUGCACACCGGUGGGGGUGAUGAUGAAAGGAGAGGAGGAGGAGGAAGAUGGAGUGGUCAUCAAAACCCAAUGCUUAUGUCUGGUUAUCAUGACUUUAGGCGUGGUAGAGGAGGUGGACGGGGCUUUAGAGGAAGACCUGAGAGAAGAGGUGCUGGUGGUAGAAGACCAGUUCGUAGCUAUAAUGAUCUUGAUGUCCCCGAAGACAUGUAUUAAUAAUAAACAACUGUGCUAAGAAAAUGUUUGUUCUAUUGAAAGAAAGAAUGACAUUCACAUACUUUCACUCUGGCAAUGUGAAAUGUUUUUUUUGCUUUUUUCAUGAGAACAAUGUUAAACCACUCUUGAAA